AUGAAGUUCCCAUCGCCAACCCUCGCAGCUGCUGCCGCAAGUUUCUUGUCCUUGGUACCGGUGGGCUCAGCAACCAAGGUCAUCUUGGAUAACGACUGGAGCACGGCAGGCUUUAUUCCUUUUCUGCUGGCCCUCAACGCCGGCUGGGACGUCUUGGGUCUGGUCGGAGACACAUCCAACUCGUGGGCGCUCCAGACGAGUCUGCACGGUCUAGCAACGCUCGAGGUCGGCAACCUGUCGUCGUGUAUUCCAGUGUACAAAGGAGCAGACUAUCCGUUACUGAACACACCCGAACUUUUCCAGGCGUGGGAAGAGGUCCAUGGUGUGUUGCCGUGGCAGGGGGCUUUUGCUCCGGAAAAUCUGACCGAAGAGGCGGCCGGCGCUGACCCGACGUCGGGCGACCCAAAUCGAGUGGCCCAGGCCGCAUUCCUGGAAGGCUACCCCAACGGCACCCUGACCGGCGAGUAUGCCGCCGCUUGGAUGAUCGAGCAGGUCCAUAAGUACCCCGGCGAGGUCAUGAUUUACGCUGCGGGCGGCAUGACCAACGUCGCCCUGGCCGUCCGCAUGGAUCCUGAAUUUGCCAAGCUAGCAAAGGGUUUGGUGAUCAUGGGCGGCUACAUUGACGUCAACCUGCUCCAGGUGACGGGAAGUGUGAACCAGGCCGACAUGAACUCUGAUAUAAACCUAAUGAUCGAUCCAGAAGGUAGCAAGAUCGCCUUGACCGCCGAUUUCCCCAACAUCACUAUUGUCGGCAACGCCGCCAAUCAAGUAAUGCCAACGCAGGCCUAUUGGGACGAGGUCUAUCAAGUCAAGAACCCAUACACCAGUUUGGCGUACAACUACUAUGGGACCACCUUCGCCUUCUGGGAUGAGACGGCAAUGUUUGCGGUUCUGGACCCAGCCAACGUCCUCAACUCGACGUCCUUCUACCUUGAUGUCGAUACCGCAUGGUCUAGUCCGACUUAUGGCAAUAUCCAUGGCUAUCAAGAAGCAUUGAUGCCCACCGCCCAGAAACUGCAAAAGGUUAACUACGUGCUCGAGGUGGAUUCGACGAAGCUCUUGGCAGAGAUCAAGCAAUCCUUGCAAUAUCCGAAGACCUGUGCCGAUCUGUGUUGA